AUGCCUGGCAAGAAACAUCAAGCAACGGUGGCUGGAGGCGAGCCGAGUAAGUUGAAGGUGAAGAAGAGAGGCAAGAAGAAGACGUUUCUGGAGAAGGAUCAUUUGUACGGUAUCUUGGAGAAGAGAAACAUCAACAGGGUGAAGUUUGGCGUCGAUAAGGUGUUUGACACAUGGUACGGUAGUAAUGUGUAUUUUAAUCUGGAUACAUUGAAAUUGGGUUGUAUAGAGGACGAUGAUGAUGAUGAUGAACAUAACAAUGUUGAUACAAAUGCUGCUGAGUCCAUCUGGUUGGACACCUUGUAUGUCUGUGAAUAUUGCUUCAAAUACACAGAUAACAACGUAAAGUUGAUGAAACAUUCUCAAUUGUGCAGUUUCAAAAGGAAAGCACCCGGUAGAAUCAAGUAUAAAUCUCCAGAGUACACUAUACGAAGAGUGAAGGGAUCCAAACACAAGUUGUUUUGUCAAUGUCUGUGUCUGUUCACUAAGUUGUUUCUGGAUAACAAGUCUAUGUUUUUCAGAUUGGAUAAUUACGAUUUUUACAUUUUGUAUGAAACAGGUUCCACCAAGCCAAUGGGGUUUUUCUCAAAAGACCUGGUUUCAUAUAAUCAGAACAAUUUAGCCUGUAUUUUGGUUUUCCCACCAUAUCAAAGGCGUAAUCUCGGUACGUUGUUGAUUGAGUUCUCAUACAAGUUAUCGAAAUUGGAUAGUAUCGUCUCUGGACCAGAAGUUCCCUUGUCACCCUUUGGCUUGAUAAGUUAUCUGAAAGUCUGGUCCCAGCUACUGUGCUACCAUUUGCUUGAAGGAGAUCUAACCACCAUGGGCGGUAUUUCUUUGAAGCAAUUAUCUUCAGUGACGGGACUGAGAAUCAACGAUAUUAUUAUGACUUUGAAACAUUUGAAUUGCAUAGGAGACGAUAAUAAAAUAUAUUUGAGUAUCCUAAGAACCUGGAUGAAUAAACAUGGCAAGAACGGUUUCAUGGUUCAGGAUGAAUAUCUGUUAUUGGACGAUUAG